UCUCCCAUAAUACAAUAUGGCAGCUCCAGCCUCUCUUAAAUGCUCCCUCCCAGCUCUACUGGCCCCACACCUGAGCCCCAUGCCAUGGUCAGGUCGUCCCAAUGUCAUUUCCUCGUAAAACUCUCCCCCAGAGGUUGCUGUAAGGCUCUGAACCGAAUGGCAUGUGCAGAAAAAAAUGUGCGCGCUGGAAGCUCCACGCGUAGGUCCAGGGUCACAGCUGAACCCCUGGGAAACGGCGGAGUGGGGCUUGGAUGAUUGACAGCCCUCUGGGACUGCUGAGCGGCAGGCGUGCUGGGAGAUUACGGAUGCAAUACAGCCAACAGGUGGAGGUGAGCUGCCACAGCCUGGGAACCAAAGCAGUCGGGACUUCUUCCCUUGGCCACUAGAGGGGACUCCUCCAGGUGAGCGCCAGGUCUCGGCCCUACGCUUCAAGCGAGCUUGGCAGCGCAGCCAAUUAUCUCAGGAGAUCCCGCCCAUCCCCUCCCGACAGCCACUCGCCUGCGCACAAGCUCGGCCAGCUUGGGACUGGCAGACAGGGUGACAAAUCAAGUCUCGACCUUUGAAAGCAAAACACUGACAGCAGCCCCCUGGCAACUCGGAGCUGGGAAGGGAUCCAGGAGGCUGUACCCUGGGUGGCACGGAGUGUCCCGGUCUCUUCUCCGGAACCUAGGAUAGGUGGAUCUAGAAGCAACGCCGCGGAGCUUGACCAGAGUCAGAAGACACACCCUCGCCCUUCUGCUCGGGAGAGACACACAAGCUGCCUCUUUCCCAGGGAACCUGAGGAGAAGGCUGUAAAUCAAGCAAAAGAGCCCAGAGAACGCAUUUUGCUGAGGAAGAGACCUGGGAGGCUGCUGGAAGGAGGUAGACACUGGUAGAGAUGGCUUCCAGCUUGCAUCCUGCCUAGCAGCAGCCCCAGCUCCCAGCCAGGCAAGAUGUGCCACUAGACAGCCAUGGACGGGACCCACAGCGCAGGCCUGCAGCUGCAGCAGCUCCCCCCGACCAGCAGCUCCAUGAUCCUGAGCAGCAGCGAGGGCUCCUUCUCCUACAAGGAAAACUUGAUUGGCGCUCUCUUGGCGAUUUUUGGGCACCUCGUGGUUAGCAUCGCCCUUAACCUGCAGAAAUACUGCCAUAUCCGCCUGGCAGGCUCCAAGGACCCCCGGGCCUACUUCAAGACCAAGACAUGGUGGCUGGGACUGCUCUUGCUGCUGCUGGGCGAGCUGGGUGUGUUCGCCUCCUACGCCUUUGCCCCACUGUCCCUCAUUGUACCCCUCAGUGCCGUCUCAGUGAUAGCAAGCGCUAUCAUCGGAAUCAUAUUCAUCAAAGAAAAAUGGAAGCCCAAGGACUUUGUGAGACGCUAUGUCUUGUCCUUUGUUGGCUGCGGUUUGGCGAUCGUGGGCACCUACCUGCUAGUGACAUUUGCACCCAAUAGUCACGAGAAAAUGACAGGCGAGAACAUCGCCAAACACCUCGUGAGCUGGCCUUUUCUGCUGUACAUGCUGGUGGUGAUCGUCCUGUUCUGCCUGCUUCUCUACUUCUACAAGGAGAGGAGUGCCAACAGCAUCAUUGUGAUUCUCCUCCUGGUGGCCCUGCUCGGUUCCAUGACAGUGGUGACGGUCAAGGCUGUGGCAGGGAUGCUGGUACUGUCCAUCCAAGGCAACCUGCAGCUGGACUACCCAAUCUUCUACGUGAUGUUCGUGUGCAUGGUGGCCACUGCCAUCUAUCAGGCCACGUUUUUGAGCCAAGCUUCUCAGAUCUAUGACUCCUCCUUGAUCGCCAGCAUUGGCUACAUCCUGUCCACCACUGCGGCCAUCACAGCAGGUGCAAUCUUCUACCUGGACUUCCUCGGAGAGGAAGCUCUGCACAUCUGCAUGUUUGCACUGGGGUGCCUCAUCGCCUUCUUAGGUGUAUUCUUAAUCACUCGAAACAGGAAGAAGGCCAUUCCGUUCGAGCCCUAUAUUUCCAUGGACGCCAUGCCAGGGAUGCAGGACAUGCAUGCGAAAGGGACAACGGUCCAGCCUGACCUCAAAGCUUCUUUUUCCUACGGGGCCUUGGAAAACAAUGACAACAUUUCUGAGAUCUACACCCCGGCCACACUGCCCGUCAUGCAGGAGGAGCAUAGCUCCAGAAGCACCCCUGGGGUUCCCUACCGUGUCCUGGAGCACACCAAGAAGGAAUGAUCUGCCUCCCUUGGGGGUACACCUGCUCACAGGCCACUCAUGGUUCCACCCUUUGUCCAACCUGCCUUUCAAGUAUCCCGGUUUUAAACUGAGAACUCUGCAAGAUGAUCUUGGGAGGCCCUUGUCUCUGACAGAGAAGCGGUUCAAUGACCUUGGCCUUGGAAGUUUCAAAGAGUUGAGGAGUAUCCCAGGUGAGCUGUGUGGCAGGUUAGCCCAGUGGGGAUUGAAGCUGUCUUACCUCCUUGGAUGGUCAGGGAGCAUCAGGUAGUGAUUGCAGGCUACCACACAUUCCUUAGAGUAAAAACCUGACAGUCUGCUCCCUCUUUGCAAAUCCAGCAAAGUCGGUCUUCUUUACCUGACACGCAUGCCUCAGCUCUACCUGGUUCACUCUCGAGCCCAUAGCUCUGACUAUAUUGGUGUCUCUUUUGCCGGGCCCAGCAGGGCCAGCCCUGAGUAGAGCAAGCUGUCAUCUGCACCUAGGUGGUAUACAUGGGCCUUCCUUCUGCGAAGACCUGGGGGUGAGUGCCUGCUGGACCUGUUCUGAAAACUGGCUUGGUUCAAGUCCUGUGAAGAUUAUUUCAUUGUUUCCUCCAUCCAAAGAAGUCAAGAGGACAGAGGGCGAGAGGGACAGGACCAAGGGGGAGGAGGUGCCUUCAGCCCUCUCUAUUUCAAACUGGUAAGAAAAGUCCCCAGUGUUUCCUGCCCCGGUGGCUUUCCUGUCCCGCCUCACAGAGGAUGUGCCGAGGUCUGAGUAGGACAAGCUCCUCUGCAGCUCCACGUCUAUUCCUCCCUUCCUUUCCCGUUAGACCAGGCGCUAACUUCAGCUGCCGUUUCCCAUCUUUGGACCAUCGGGGUCUCUGGCCUCCAGCUCGGUCCAGACAGAGCAGGUGUUUUCACACACAGGUCUGCAGCUUUCUUCCUGUCUCUUUCAUGAUUAGCUCCCCCACCUUCACCUCCUCAGACCCUGGACCAGUAAGCGCAUUUGAGAGUGGCAGGCAAAGGCUUGCAGGCUUUUAUGGGCAUCAGAAUUCCAUAGGGAUUUGUUUAAAGUGUGGGUUCCUCACUCCAACUGUAGUGACCUGGUUCGGGGUAUCUGGAGUGGGACCCAUUAUUAGUGGGCAUCACAGGAGAUCUUGAGUCAAGAACCCAGAGAGCAUACUCCCUCAGAAGCCUGCUCAUGGGCCACUAAAUCCAGAGGGGCUAUACACCCCUGCCAGAAAGUUCAAACCUCCAAUUUCUUACCCUCUCUAGGUUCGGAGGGCAAGCUAGAUGGCCCCCUAGGACUUGCGGCCAUCCCUACCCAGUGAACACCACUCUAAGGUGACAGUGUUAAUAGGUCAGUGUUGAUGGGUCAUCCUCGUCACAGCUCUUCACACCCAAACAGUGCUCAGACUCCAGCACUCUGCCAUCUGCUACAGAGCCUGUAACCACUUCUGUAUUCCAUCUUGACCAUGUCUGUAUUGAGGCUUAGUGCCUGAGGGUGGGAUGGCAGCAGAGAGAGGGCUCUCCAGCUCAGCUCAGCAACACCUGAGGGGUUUUUAACCCUAUGUUUAGCCCACGUAGUUCUGCCCGCCAGGCCUCCAGAGGGAGACACACAAUCUUGGGCAGGGCAGGCUGUGCCAUGGAGAAGCAUAGAGUCACAGAGGCCCUCGGGAGGCUGGUCCCUGAACUCAAAGGGUGUUCAGAAUUGGAAGUGAUUUUCAUGAAUUCCUAGGUGGUGGCAGAAAGAGCUAUGAUUAGAGAAUUAAAAUCAGGUUUUGCUUCUGUUUCUGAUAGUGCCUGUCAGUGCCUGGAUGCAAAGUGUAUGCAAAGAAGUGAGCAGGGAGGUUAAGUGUGGCAAACCCAGGUGGGCACCCAUCAUUUGGGCAUGGUAUGUGUGCCCAGACUCCCUCUGCCCCUUUCCUCCCUCUUCUGGGGGCUGUUUAGCCCUGGCCAGCCUGAGCUACAGAUACACUGUAAUUGCAGGCAAGGCAGACGGGGUGGGCAGUGCCACCCAGGAACUGCUUUUUUAAGGUUGUGGACAGUGGCCAUCAUCUUACAAGCUGAACCAUGAGAGCUGAGCAGAAAGGCCUUUGAGCUCCUGAGUGGAGAUGGGGCAGGGCUGUUGGGCAGUGGGAGACCUGUCUCCAGAGAUCCCACCCUGUCCUUGACACCCUGCUUUGCCCCCAGGGGUCACUAGCUUGUCAGCUGACAGCAGGGCUGCCCACUUCCCACCCACAGCCCUGACUAUUUUCACUCCUGACUCUGACAGCAUCAGCCACUCCAAUCUUAUCUACACUCACCCUGAAGACAGGCAUUCAGUUUGUAGCCCAGGCUGGUCUUGAACUCCCAAUCCUCCUGCCUCAGCCUCCGGAGUGCUGGGAUUAUGGCCAUGUACUACCUUGUCUGACUCCCAUCUGAACUCUCCUGGCAACACUAAAUGCCACGCUGCUGCCUCUCUGCCAGCCACAAGGCACCUUCCACAGGUCAUCCAAUGUGGGCUAAGCCUCACUUCCUCUCUUCCUCUCCCACCCUGACUCUGGCUCACCGUUCUGCCUGCAGGUUGGGGUUCUGGGUCAUGAUUAGACAUGAGAACAAGUGUUCUUGUGGACUGCUGCUUUUGAAGAAGGGAGCCCAGACCCCACACAGCAGCCUGAUGAUACCCUCGCUUUCAGCACUAGGGGUUGGGGAAUCAGUGAACUGAAUGCUGGGCCGGGCAGUGGUGGCACACGCCUUUAAUCCCAGCACUCGGGAGGCAGA